CGCACCGCAAUAACCGAACACAUCGCUGGAGGAUAUGUGAAGUUGGAAUCCCACAAAACUAAUGCUGUGAAGUGGCUCUGUCCCUGGAGCCAAGACUUCAUCCCUUUGGUGUCAGCGAGGAUGCUGUGGGUUACCUUGCUGAGCACCAUAGCCUUAGGAUGGACCACCCCGAUCCCACUACUAGAGGACUCCGAGGAGAUCGACGAGCCCUGUUUCGAGCCCUGCUACUGCGAGGUCAAAGAGGGCAUCUUCCAUGUCCACUGUGACAGCAAAGGAUUUACAAAUGUGAGCCAGAUCUCCCAGAUAUGGAGCAGGCCGUUCAAGCUCAACCUGCAGAGAAACUCCAUGAGGAAGCUUUACUUUAACAGCUUCCUCCAUCUCAACAAUGCCAUAUCCAUCAACCUGGGUAAUAACGCCUUGCAGGAUAUCCACGCGGGAGCGUUUAAUGGCUUAGGAAUACUCAAACGGCUGUUCCUACAUGAAAACAAACUAGAAGUUUUUCGGAAUGACACUUUUCUGGGCUUGGAGAGUUUAGAGUAUCUCCAGGCGGACUACAAUGUAAUCAAACGGAUUGAAAGUGGUGCUUUCAGGCAUCUUCACAAAUUGAGAGUGCUCAUACUAAACGACAAUCUGAUCCCUGUGCUCCCAAAUUAUCUUUUCCGAUCUGUGUCACUCACACAUCUGGACCUGAGAGGGAACAGACUAAAGACAUUGCCAUAUAAGGGCAUGCUGGAGUACGUUGGAAGGAGCUUAAUGGAAAUCCAGCUGGAGGAGAACCCUUGGAACUGUGUGUGUGAGAUUGUCCAGUUAAAAACUUGGCUGGAAAGAAUUCCUUAUACAGCUUUGGUAGGUGAUAUUACAUGUGACUACCCAUUCCACUUACAUGGGAAAGACUUACGGGAAAUCAAGCGCAGUCAGCUCUGUCCGAAGCUCUCAGAUGCAGAGAUUGAGGCCAAACUGGGAAUUCCGCGGAUCCCAUUUAGCAAUGAGAAUACUUGGCCCACUAAACCUUCAUCAAUGCUCUCGUCUUUUCACAACACAGCCUCUUCUGUGGAAUACAAGGAAAGAGUUGAGAAGCCCACCAAACGACCUCGGCCCACAAAGAACUCUCCAACCCCUCGUAGCAUCUAUCCAGGCUUCAACCAGGCCCCUGUUGCUGGCUACCAAACAAGGCCUCCCAUCCCAAUAAUUUGUCCAGCUGGAUGUACUUGCAACCUUCACAUUAAUGACCUGGGGCUAACAGUAAACUGUAAAGAGAAAAGCUUUCACAACAUCUCCGAGCUCCUCCCACGACCCCUCAAUGCCAAGAAAUUGUACCUUAGUGGGAACUUAAUACAGAAAAUAUACCGAUCUGAUUUCUGGAACUUCUCAAGUUUGGAUUUACUGCAUUUAGGGAAUAAUCGGAUAUCAUACGUCCAAGAAGGCGCCUUUAUCAACCUGCCAAAUUUAAAAAGUCUAUAUCUGAAUGGGAAUGACAUGGAGAGACUCACCCCUGGGAUGUUUCGAGGGCUUCAGAUGUUGAGUUAUCUUUACUUUGAGUAUAACGUCAUACGUGAGAUACAACCUAACUCCUUCUCCCUAAUGCCAAACAUCCAGCUGGUUUUCCUCAAUGACAACCUGUUACGCUCCCUUCCCAAUGACGCUUUUGCUGGCACCAACCUUGCACGCCUCAACCUCCGAAACAACUACUUCCUUUCCAUGCCUGUGCGUGGCAUUCUGGAGCAUCUGACCUCCAUUGUCCAGAUUGAUUUCCAUCAGAACCCCUGGGACUGCUCCUGUGAUAUCAUCCCGCUCAAGCAGUGGCUGGAAAAGCUCUCAUCCGUCAUUGUGGUUGGAGACGUCAUCUGCAAGACACCUGAAUUUGCGCUUGGGAAGGACCUGCGUUCACUUCAGGUCGAGGUCAUCUGUCCUGAGCUCAAGUACUCUUCAGGCCCCUCCCCAGCCUUGCCAGGUGGGGAUGACCUCAUCACCAGGAGCUCUGACGUGGGGGAAGCAAGUGGGAGAGGGGCUGUCCCACUGUCUGUCCUCAUUCUCAGCCUACUCAUUAUUUUCAUCUCUGCUGUGUUUGUUGCUGCCGGGCUUUUCGCCUUUGUUCUUCGACGCAGGAAGAACCUUCCUUUCCGGAAACGUUCCGAGGUAGAUCUGACGGGGAUCCAAAUGCAAUGCAGGAUUUUUGAGGACCCACCAAGGCAGAUCAGUGCUGGGAACACUGGCACACCCAAGAAACCAACAACAGCUAGUAUGCACACACACUCUCACACUAGUCACACCCAUGGACAUGGUCAUGUUUAUGAUUACAUUCCCCACCCGGUGACGCAGAUGUGUAACAACCCCAUAUAUAAGCCUCGAGAGGGGGAGAUAGCAGAGGAAGACAGAGUGCAGUUUUCAGAGAAGAAAGACAAUGGCAGCAGUUGCAACAGUAACUACAGAACCUUAUUAGAGAAAGAAAGAGAGUGGACCUUGGCUGUCUCCAACUCUCAACUCAACACUAUCGUCACAGUUAACCACUCAACGGCUGACAUGGCAGGAUUUCAUGAAAACGUAGGGCUCUGCCCUACAGUAAUUGACAGUCAAAGGCCCACACCAACAGUGGGCUUUGUAGACUGUUUGUAUGGGACAGUACCCAAACUAAAGGACAUGCAUGUGGCGCAUGCGCACCCACCAGGCAUGCAGUACCCGGAUUUGCAGCAGGAUGCACGGCUGAAGGAGACAUUGCUUUUCACAGCGGGGAAAGGCUGCUACCCUGACCCGUCCCAAAGCGAUUACCUCGAGUUAAGGGCCAAACUUCAAACCAAGCCGGAUUACCUCGAAGUCUUGGAAAAAUCAUACCGGUUUUAACAUCUCUAACCCAUGGAGAAAAAAACAAAACACAAAAUCAACACAUUCACUCUGCCACCCUGAAAAUAAAAAUCACCCCAAACCAUUAUGACAAAAAUAAACUUGAGAGAGCAGCAUGAUAUAAAAUAAAAAAUAUUCUAUUACAGUUACAACAAAGUUUCCCCUCAAAAUCACUUUGGAGGAGAGGCCAUUCUCAGAUAUUUCAAUGAAGUGCCUUUUUUUCAGAGUAGCCAGCAAUGUCAACAGCCGUUAUUUUUAUAAUAUAUAAAUAUCUCUAUAUGCCCAAGAAAGAGCAAAAGAGGAAUGAGGGGGGCACCGGGGAAUGAAACAUAAAAAACAUCCUAAAAUACAUCCGUCACUAUACCCCCUUUUCAUGGAGUUACCGUGAUGCGCAAGAAGCACGGGAGCUGGACGUCUCCCUGACUUUGGGGUUUCUUUCUGUAAACUUUAACCCCCGACUAGGAUGUACAAACACCCGGAGGCCGUGCACAUGGAGUUUGUAGUAAAGGAGCGAAAGAGCGGAAAAAAAGCAUAUAUUAAAAUGAACUGCAGUUUGCUGCAUGCACUCGCUUCAGUGCGGGAAGCGAGGGGAUUUACUCAGACUAUCACAUCACAUUAUGAACAGAGAUACUGCAACACAUUUACAGUUCAGUGUUCUAUUUAAUUUUUAUAUCUUAUUAAUAUGGUUAUUACUAUUAAUGAGGACUUCUGUCUAUAUCAGGGUGCUGCUUGUAAAAAAAAAAGGAUUGGCCGACGCACGGAUGGUAAAACAUUUGUGAAUAUUAUUAUGAGAGUUGUCUCAAGCUCAAGGUUUUCUGGAUAUUUCCAUGCACUUUGUUGACACCCCUUCCAUUGCUUCUGGAUUCCCAUUGUCACCCACUAACGGCUUUGUAGGAGGCACUUUUAAUGUUUUCUCUUUCACAAAAAUUUGAAGAAAAAUGUGCAUAUAUUUAUUCUGUAAUUUCAGUGAAGAAUUUAAUUGUAAAGGUAAUGUUAAAUCAAUGUAUAGUGAUUAUGCGUCUGGUAUAGCCUUCUUAAUAAAAACAAACUCUUGAAUCAAAUGAUGAAAGGGUUGACGCCACGGGAACCUGUGUGUGGAGCACUAUUGACAGGCUGUGUAUUUGGUGUCUUGUUAAUGGCAUGUAGGCACUGUGGCCAACCAUCAUGAGGUAAUGCUGCUGCAGAUGAGAGAAUACUGGACCAAUAGAGUGCUAGACAGCAAUGUUGUAGAGGGCAAUAACAUUUAAACCGAGUUCAACUCCAUUUUAUUUUUGGAUUAAUACCAGAUUAAUUUAAUUAAUAGAGAAAUGGUCAACUAAAAAGGGUAAACAAUAUGUUUUGUUUUAUUUUCGUGCAAAAUAUAAUUACCUUUUCUGUUUUUUUGGUAGUUUAUCCUAUGAUCCUUGCCUUCUGGAUAGUGUAGUAUGCUAUUUUUAUUUGUCACUAAAUUACUUGUCCGAGUUGGAUAUAAUGAAGGUAAAAGAACAAGUCAAGUGAAUUCAGCUGGUUUUGAAGUCGAUGAUUUAACUGGAUAUACCAAAUCAGUGCGGUGCACUGCAAUUGUAGUUAUCUUAACGGGUAUUGCCGAUGAAGGUCUAUUGAAGUAAUUAAGUAAUUGAGAGGGCAAAUAAAAACAUGAUUGGGUGUCGCUCAUCUAAUUUCUUACUCCUUCCAUUGUAGCAAUGUAGAUGUAUUCCACUGGAGGGCGAUAGAAAGGAUUUCAGAUCGAUUGGCCGUUUCGUAGAUUGGACGCAAUUAUAAUGUAAUGCACAACAUGUUUAUCUUAAGAGUCUCAUAUUAUGUAUUAAUUAUUUUUUUAUAGAUAUAUAUGUAAAGAAAAACUACAAGUGGCAUUAAUUUAUUCAUUCCAGCACAGUUUCAUCCGUUUCAUGCUUUCUUGACCCUUCUUUUUUCUUCCUUUAAUUCAACCAAUUGACAUGAAUAUGGCCAAGUAAACAGUUCACAAGUCAUGAAAAAAAGAAAACAACCGUAAAAGAACUGACCAUCAAUGUUUGUAUUUUACUUAAUUUUCCUUUGCACUGAAAACCCGAACGGUAAAUUAACCCUCAAAAGUAUCUAACACAGCGAAUAAUAAUUAACUUUUUUGCUGUUUUGCUGUGUAUCCAAGCCAGAUUAAUUCCUGGAACCAAAUAGUAUAUGAAGACAAAAAACAAAGUUGAAGCAGCGGCGAAGUAAAUGUGGUUAAACGUUUCACAUGAUCAUAGUGCUUUUCCUUUGUCUCUUUCUAAAGUGGAAUUUCUAUUUGGGAAAAAUAUAAUGCAAUCUUGAUGUCUAUACAUUUGUGAAUAUCUAUGGAAAAUAGGGUGCAUUUAUGUUUGGUUUCAAAAUGGGCAUGACACACCAUUUGCUUUGAUUUCAACAGGUUUACGAGUGAUGUUCCUCAUUUGCAAUUAUUAAUUAUGUGUCAACUUACAAUAAAUGGAAGAUAUGUAGCAAACCACAUACUUCCCUGUUAAAUGGGAAGGCCCUUAGCUAGUUUAGAGCAGUCAUCUUCAGAAAGGAUCCAGUCUACAAGCUUGCAUUGUAUGAAACAUUUGACCUUGUGUUGUAUUCAUUGUUUAGUUUCUUUGAUAAUUAUUCUUGCUCAAAUGACUGGAGGCCAUCUUCAUAUAAAGACUUUUGUAAGCAUGAUAGCAUUACGUCGGGACUUCUGUUUCCGACUCGCAUAAAGUUUCACAAUGAUGUACCCCUUUGUUCUCCUGCCCCACCUCAUGCUCUGCUCCUUUGUUUAUUUGAUCCCUUUUGCACUUUCAAACACGCACACAUACCUUAACAAACAUAAAUGCACACAUACACACACACACACACACACGUUCAGCCUUCCUUUCCCUGACCAAGAGGUUAGACUAUAUGGUCAGCAUUUUAAGCGCACUGAGUUUGAUUAAAAACAUAAUGCAUCACUAUGUUAAUACCAACCCUCACCAUCACUCCUUUCCCGCAAAUUAAUUAAUAAAUAAAGUUUUGAGAUCAUUGAUGAUUUAUACUAUAGUCCCAUAUCUUGGUAACCUUUUGUCCUCCACUCCUGUCCACAUCUACCUUAUAUUUCACAAAUGAGUGCUGGGCUUUGUCCCAGUAUACCAUGCUGAGUGGUUUUAUCCCAAUAAAUCCUCUUGUAUCCUGCA